AUGCGGACCAACUUCACCGACGCACAAGACAAACGAAUUGUAGCGCUUGCACUCGAGUAUAAAUCCCAACACAAGCGAGUAGAGUGGAAGGAGUUGGCGCGGGCCAUGAGGAGUAAACAUUCUGUCCAAGCGCUUGAGAACCGGCUGCGUGCUCUGAAGCGCACGUAUGGACGUGAUCUAUCAAGAUUUCCACCGUGUUUUUUCUCCACGUCGACGCCAACAUUCUCUCACAAGCAGCAUCUUCGUCCAUUGGAACCGAGCCAAGCCGAAAGAAUAAAACGCCGUUUGCGGCGCCAUUUUGGAUUCAGACGCAUGUCAGCCAAUGCUAGGGAAAUCGAGAAACGACCGGAAGUUUUUCUUCGAGGUGUUCAUUGUUUGCGAGAGCAUGCACCAAGGCUGCUAUUACUCCACAAAGUGUUUUUGAGCCAAGGAGACGUUCUUGAUACGCCACUCUCGUCGCGUUUACCAUUUCAGCGUGCAUCAAUAGUUUUUCUAAACGAUUUCCUGUUUGAUGAAUUAGCAAAGCUGGCCGUACAAGAGCAGCUGUAUAUGAUGCCGAGAGUACGUUUGAUCGUUUCUACGUCUCGCUAUUGUCCUCGCCAUCGCGAUUCCUGCCGAAGAAGAUUUUGCUCCAAGUGGAGGCUCGCGAAAAUCACGUAUGGACGGGGUAGCUGGAAGUCUCCUCCAAUCCCAAUUUACAUGUACACGACUGUCCAGUGA